UGAGUUAAGUGCUUUUUUUUUUUGGAAAAUUGAGGAAGGGCUCUAUUUCAGCCAAGACCGCAUAUUGCUGUAUAUAAAUUCGCUCGACUGAAGAGCCUCUCGGCACGUCCACCUCUGAAGACGAAAGCACCACAAGGAACCAGUAAAGGGCUCUCCAUUCGCUGCAGGAAGACCCGUACCUCUGAAGUUCACCAUGCACCUACUCCUUUCUCUGACGCUGCUGUGUCUGGCGCUGGCAGCUACCGUGGAAGCCUACACCAGUCCGCGGUUCAUCGUAAAGCAUCGGUCCAGUGGCUUGUGCUAUGCUUAUGCAGAUUGGUGGGCGUGGGGCCAUCACUAUGAGAAAUUCCGUGCCGACUCCUGCAGCAAUGCAGCGGAAGUGGAAUGGGUGCAGAAAGAGGGACAUUGGGGCUACCUUAGGAUCGUCGGAACCGGUGGACAUUGUAUGAACCCCCUUGGAGGCUGGGCCAGUCCUGGGGACAACACUGCACUUUUCCCGCAUCCGAACUGCUAUAAUUCCGCGCUUUUCGCGAUUGACCAAGAAAAAGGCAUCAUCAAACAUUCCGGCGGCAAGUACGUCCACGUGUACCCUUAUCAAGCAGAAAGGCCGAAUUGGCACUCUGACUUGAUGCUUCACUCAGGACUGCACCGAAAUAUUAAGUUUGACUUUGUACAAAAGGGUAACCCAAAUCAGAAGGUGCAGGUGAUUCCAAACCCACAAGUGAAAGGAGAAUGGCAAAAGGUCUCUUGUUGGUACAAUGUCCACGUCGGCUCUUUGAAGUUCACAAUGACCAUCGGCACGAGCAAGACCUCCUCUUCGUCUCUUACCAACACUUGGGAGCUAUCAGUGGGAGUUGCAAAAGGUAUUGUAGAGGCCAGCGCCACCUAUGGGGGCUCUUUCACAACCACCGACGAACAGCAAUGGAAGGCAGAAAGUACCAUUGAGAGAACCAUUACUGUAACUAAAGAAUACAGCACCCUGUGUUUGUGGCAAUGGGUGUAUGAAUUUGAGCAGUUUAAUGAUGGCUUUAGGUUUAGGUCAUUUACUAUUCGCGAGACUCGAUCUGACGCCAAACCAACUGAAAUCCCCGGCAGUAAAAAGUAGAUAUUAUUUCCCUAAAUCCACACACUUCUAUUGCGUGCUUUAUCAAGUGUCGGGAUGCUUUUCUCAUUGCACUGCCUGCUUGUCCAUUCAAGAAAUAUUCAGUUUCUUUAACGCAUGAACAUAAUAAGCAUUUU